AUGGAGGAUGUUCUAAAAGGUAGGGUUUCUUUCGAGAAACCUAUCUCACGAGGCGAGUUAAGAGCCAUAGCUCGAAAGAGAAUCGGUGAUACUGGGCUGUUGGAUCAUUUGCUGAGGCAUAUCGAUGGGAAUGUGACACCUGGUGGUGCUGAUAGGUUUAGGAGGUGUUACAAUACCGAAGGAGCCAUGCAGUAUUGGCUAGAGAGUGCUGAUUUGCUUAAGGUGAAAUGUGAGUCUGGUGUUCCUGAUCCUAACUGGGUUCCUCCUCCUUGGUGGAAGCUUCAGGGUGUGAUUAAACUUGAGCCUGGGGAUUGUGAACCGUCCUUUAAUCUUAAGGAAGCAAUUGAUCAAAUGAAGAGUGAUAUCAAGAACCUUGUAUCCAAGCCAAAGUUACCAGAUCAUGCUGAUGCAAAUGAGAAACGAUUCACGGAAUGUAUGAAGUGGAAGGUAGAGACUGAUAAGAAAAUUGCAGAGAUCUCAACUUCACUGACUUCAACACAGAGCAUGGUUAAGGAACUAACUUCAUGGAAAGAUAAAGUAGAACAUCAGCUGGUGGGAAUUUCAAGCUCGCAGAACAAUCUGCAGGCAAAUGGGAGCAAAUCUCCUCAUAAUUGGGAACAUCUAUUGCAUAGUACCAACUUGGAUGACUUCACAGUGAAUGGUUUUGAUCCAUGGGAUGUUGAAGCUGACCUUACCGAUGUUCUUCCACCAAAUGCUCGCAAAAGCUCUUUCCAAGAUCAUAUGUGGUUUGAGGAACAGUUAGUGCUCAACUCCGAGAUGCAAAGGACGGAGAGAGGUGAUUCCAGAAGCUCCAAUCAAGACAAAGCAGAGUUGACUCCAGGUUCUUCAGUGACUGCAGGUCCAAGAUCAGAUAUUGACGACCCAACUAUUCUGUCUCAGGAAACAUUGAAAGAGUUGGUGAGCUGGAAAGCCAAAGCGGAGCAGCAGUUAAUGGAAAUGUCAGACGCUGUCCGUGCUCUUCAGGGAUAGAGAGUCAAUCACACUAGGCCACAUGAAUGAUAGAUUCACCUACAUAGAAUCCCUUUGGAGACUUCUUGUACAGGGUUUCUGCGAUAACUUGAACAAAGUAAAAAGGAAACACUGAGCUAGAGAUUAGUAGGUUUCUGGAAAGUUUGAGGAACAGGUAGAAGAAGUGAUCCUCUUUAUCUAAAUGUGUUAAUUGAAGUUAGAGACAAGGCUUUAAUAGUAGUUGUUGCUGUAUAUUCUCUCUGACUACUCUUAUUCAACAAGGAAGGUUUUGAGUAAUCAUUUUUUCUUUCUCAUCA